AUGAGAGUUUGGUGUUCCAGGGCAAAGUCACGUCAAAUCAACGAGAGUGUAGAAACAAUGGCGCCAGCAACUUUACACGGAGUCCUCCAAAAAUUUUAUCUGGAAGUGAGAAAGGAAUACGGCUCAGAGUAUGAACCGGACUCACUUAAAGUUAUGCAAGCGGCCCUGGAACAGCACCUAUCCACCCAGAAAUAUCCAUACAGUCUGAUAAAUAGUCUGAAGUUCUCAUCUUCAAGGUCUGUUCUUGAAACAAAAGCAAAACAACUACAAAUCAAUGGUUACGGCAAGAGAAAGAAUCGCGCUCUCCCGUACAACUCUGCCGAAGAAGAGUCCCUCUGGUCAAGCGGUCUGUUAGGCGACCACGAUGGAGUGGCUCUCACAAACGUUAACUUCAAAAAUUUGUCCGAGCACUUCGGAUUUCGUGGCCGUCAAGACCAUUACGACGCUUAUGUACAAGAUUUUGAAGUUGCGUGCAUCCAGAUCCAGGGAGGAGAAUUGGCAAAGUGCGUUCGUUUCAAUGAAAAUCCAACAAAGACCCGUUCCGGUGGCCUUUCAGCGAAACACAGGAAAACUCCUCAAGAGAUGUGGGCCACAGACGCUGGACCAAGAGAUCCAGUCCGGCUUUUUGAAGGAUUUCUGAGAAGGCGCCCAUAA